AUGUCUUCAUUUCGAUCCCUGUCGCGCCUUGCCAUCGCAACCCUCUUCCUGGCAUGGAGCUUCCCCUACCUCCAAGGCCGACUGCAUGUGCUCUCGCUCUUAAUCUCAAACAGCCCCAAUAAACUGCCCGAGGUCAACAAAUUCAGCACGUCGUCACUAAAGUUCCAGAACAAAAUCCGGAACUGCGAAGAUGGAAUCAUCGUCGACGAAGGCGCCCUCGCCAUCCUAAGCUGUGACCCAGGCCGCGACCUGUGGAACACAGUUAUGGGAACCUUCCACCCAGACCGCGACGCCAUUCCAAACGGUAAAUUGUGGAUUUAUCGCUACGAUCUCCCCGAGAAAUCGGAAAAGGCUCUUGUUCCUGUUGAAUUUGAUCUCUCGGCUUACGAGGGGAAAUUCUCCUUCCACCCGCUCGGCGUCGAGUAUCACCGUGAAAGCGGCACGCUGGUCGUGUGUAACCACCACAUCGACGGAUCGCGUAUCGAGGUCUUCACCUUGACUCUGAAUUCCAAGGGGGCUGUGGCAAAACAUACUCGCUCGAUUGCCCACCCUCUCCUCAGUACCCCGAAUUCCGUUGUCGCGUUGAAUGGGAAUGAGUUUUAUAUCACGAAUGACCACUAUUUCCGGCGCAGGUACUACCCUGCCCUAGCGCUGGCCGAGACCUAUUCCGGUAUUCCGGGUGGGACAGUCGCGUAUGUAAACCUCGCCGCGGAGCCUGUUGAAGUGAAGACUGUUGCGCGCGGCCCGUUCGUGAAUGGGGUUACGUUGCUGAAUGAGUCGACUGUUGCGGUUGCGCUUUCAGGGGCGGCAGAGGUUCGACUUUAUAAUAGGCUUGAGGAUAACUCCCUCCAACAGGUUGAUGCGAUCCGGCUGGGUUUUGUACCGGAUAAUCUGUCCACUGAUAAAGAUGGGAGUCUUUUGAUUGCGGGACAUCCGCACCCGCCGUCGCUGGAGAAGACCGUGCAUGCCCGGACGGAGUGUAAGGGUGGAGAUGGCGUUGUCCCUCAGGAGUGCUGGAAGUCGACUUCGCCGUCUUGGGUGGAGAGAUGGACGCCUGCUAGAGGACUGGAGACUUUGUAUGUGUCUAGCAAGGAGUUUGGAUCAAGUGCCACGGCGGCGAAGGAUGUGGCUAGGAAUGUUGGCAUAGUGACUGGGUUGUAUGAGAAUGGAAUUCUGGUGUGGAAGGAGUAG